AUGAACACGGAUGUCACCAAACCAGCCAAUCAGGAAAUAGGAAUCGCCCAACUGACCAACCAGGACGCAGCCAUGACUAAUCUGGCCAAUAUCAAGGCUGGACAAGUGAGACCAGCCAAUCAGAAGGCGGGACAGGCAAGAGCAGCCAAUGACAAUCAGAAUCAAAGGAAUGCCAACGUGGCCAUGAGGAUGGUUACCGAUAGCAACUAUUUGACUCCAGGAGUCUUUGAGCUGCAACAGCUGUUUCUCAAAGGCGGAGGGGGAGGGGCCAAGCCUGCGCAUGUUAACGAGGUCUGGCCACGCCUGCUCAUUGGAGACGAGAAAACUGCUCUGGAGCGCCCUCAGCUGCUGGCGAUGGGCGUGACACACGUACUGAACGCGUCGGAGGGGAAGUGGAACAGCGUGGCCACUGGACCCGCCUACUACAGCGGCAUGGGCAUCCAAUACCACGGCAUCGUUGCUGAGGACACGCCCACAUUCAACAUGGCACCCUUCUUUGGUCCCGCCUCCGACUUCAUACACCAGGCGCUCGGCAGGGUGCUGGUCCACUGUGUGCGGGGCCGUAGCCGGUCGGCAGUGCUGGUCCUGGCCUAUCUGAUGCUGCGGGAGCGUCUGAGUCUGCUGGAGGCGGUAACCGUGGUGAUGGACCAGCGAUGUGUGCUGCCCAACAGGGGCUUCAUCAAGCAGCUGCGAGAACUGGACAUCACACUGCAGCAGCAGCAGCAGCAGCAGCAGCAGCAACGGCAACACCAAGGACCAGAUACUGUCUGA